CCGGUAUGGCGUAUGCAUCCCCAGUUCCCCACCUUCUGGCUCCUUUUAAAAAGGAAACCCCCCACUCCGCUCCUCUGGCAAUACAAUCACUUUAGACAGACAAACAGCCGCGUAGAGAGAGAGAGACAUGGGCAGCUUCUCAACUGUAACAAGAUCUAGCGCACACUAUUUACAAUUACAAGACUACCCAGAUCUUGAAACCCACGAAUUCACCCUCGAAACAAUGGAGGAAGAAGAUGACGCAAACCCACCCACUGGGUUUUCAAGAAACCCCAAGAAAACAAAGAGUAACAAAAGCAGGAACGUGUUUCUAGAAGGGUACGUGGAGGCAGCAGAAGACGAUGAUCUGACGAGGACGAAGAGUUUGACGGACGAGGAUCUGGAGGAGCUGAAAGGGUGUUUGGACCUGGGGUUUGGGUUUAGCUAUGAGGAGAUUCCGGAGCUGUGCAACACUUUGCCUGCUCUCGAGCUUUGUUAUUCCAUGAACCAGAGGUUUCUUGACGAGCAGCAGAGGUCGCCGGAGUCGGCGGAGAUCGACGCGUGCUCGUCGGCUUCUUCGGGCCCGAUUGCCAAUUGGAAGAUCUCGAGUCCUGGUGAUCAUCCUGAAGACGUGAAAGCGAGGCUCAAAUAUUGGGCACAAGCUGUGGCAUGCACUGUUAGACUAUGCAGCUAGGAGGAAUCAUCAGUUGAGGAGAAUGAAUAUGCAUUUUCUUCAGCUUAGGAGUUUCAAAACGUGUGCUCCGCUUGAUUCUACCUCUGUGUGCGGGAACAAGAGUUCCUUUUUCCAACCUUGAGAUGGACAUACCCGAGUCUUUUGAUGACGGGUCAUCUUUCGAACUAGAAAUGUGAAGGCGAAGAAGACGACGAUCGGAGGGGGAGGGAGACCGAUGCAGGUCCGAGAUUAACCAAUAGUCGACGAGAAGAGUCCGACACAAUUCAUCCGAGGCUGCUAUGUGCAGUGUAGUAGUAUGUAUCUAGGGCGUUUAAGAAUAACUUGUGAGAAUGAAUAAAGUUGUGUUUUCCAUUUUUGUACAUUGUGCUGCUGUGUAUUUCCCCAACAUUUCUGUUUCUUUCCAGUGGUAAUUGAUUUUAGGAGAAAUUUGGGUUUGAGAUUUUGUGAAA